GCCCCGCGCGCACCCGCUGGGCGGCGGAGGGGCCGGCCUCCGACCGCCGGAAGGGGGUCGGACCGACUGGUUUCUGGAGGCAACAGCAGCGAGGCGCUCGAUGCGAGCAGGCGGGGCCGGAGAUGGCUUCGGCUGGAGGCGGCGACUGCGGGGGCGCCGCGCCAGAGGCGGACCGGCCUCACCAGCGGCCCUUCUUAAUCGGGGUGAGCGGCGGGACCGCCAGCGGCAAGUCAACGGUGUGUGAGAAGAUCAUGGAGCUGCUGGGGCAGAACGAAGUAGACCACCGGCAGCGCAAGCUGGUCAUCCUGAGCCAAGACAGGUUCUACAAGGUGCUGACGGCGGAGCAGAAGGCCAAGGCCUUGAAGGGGCAGUACAACUUCGACCAUCCAGAUGCUUUUGAUAACAACCUGAUGCACCGGACUCUGAAGAACAUCGUGGAGGGCAAAACUGUCGAGGUCCCCACCUAUGAUUUUGUGACCCACUCGAGGCUGCCCGAGACCACAGUGGUCUACCCUGCGGACGUGGUCCUAUUCGAGGGCAUCCUGGUCUUCUACAGCCAGGAGAUCCGGGACAUGUUCCACCUGCGCCUCUUUGUGGACACCGACUCCGACGUCAGGCUGUCGAGAAGAGUUCUCCGAGACGUGAACCGCGGGAGGGACCUGGAGCAGAUUCUGACCCAGUACACCACCUUCGUCAAGCCCGCCUUUGAGGAGUUCUGCCUGCCGACGAAGAAAUAUGCCGAUGUGAUUAUCCCUCGAGGGGUCGACAACAUGGUUGCCAUCAACCUGAUUGUGCAGCACAUCCAGGACAUCCUGAGUGGGGACAUCUGCAGGUGGCAGCGUGGAGGGGCCAACGGACGCAGCUACAAGAGGACGUUUCCUGAGCCUGGAGACCACCCCCGGGUGCUGACAGCCGGCAAACGGUCACACCUGGAGUCCAGCAGCAGGCCGCACUGAACAGUGGCAUGCGGCCCCGGGCGGGCCCCCUGGAGCUGCCCGCCCGCCCCCACACACACCUGCCAUUCCCUCUCUCACCUGGGAUGGCCAGGGGGGUGAGGGUCAGGGUGUCCUCAGUGACAGGGACACCUGGACACAUCCUAACUGGUGAGAAACAACAGCGUGUGCCGCUUCCUCCCCAUGCGGAGGAGGGUGGGGCGUCAGGCCACUGAACAGUGUCACAGGGCGGCCCUGCUCCGCUCACUGCCACAACACUGGCCGUGUCUGGCAGGUGGCAGGCAGCAGACAUGGGCUGUGCUAUUUUCAGUGACCUCACAGCAAGCAGCUUUUUCUAGUACAGUCAGGUUCUCAUGUGCAUCAGCUGAAAAUUUGAAGAGGUAAAACUUCCCUCUUAUGUUCUAUAUCCCCGUGUGGUUUUAUUCUGUUCUGUAACACCAUGUUAGUUAGUGACCUUUUAACCCAGUUUCAUGACCUGCCGAAGGGCGCUGACCUGCACAUGCUGAUCUUGGAGCCUGAGAUGUCUCCUCCUGGCCUGGGGGGGGCCUCGGAGGACAAGUGUUUUCUCAACCAGCAUUGGACAGCAGGCGGGGUCUCCACUGUGCCCAGCCCCGAGCCUGCCUGGCCCCUGCAGAUGGGGUCUGAGCCCAGGUGCUGUCUGGGCAGGGCCCGCCCCCCAACACAGCCUAGGACCGGGUCCAGGGCUCUCCCCUCCAGCCAUGUGUCUGCCGGCCAGGAGGCCAGCCCGUCUGUCCCCCUCAUCCAGGUGCGCACCUCACCCACCUGUCACCUGCAGCGCCCUGCCCAUCUCCCCCCUCCUGUGUGGUGGCUGGCUGGGAAAGUUACCCUUUCCUGUUGCCACCAGCCAAGUGGCACGUCAGGUCUCUUGUCAGGCAGUUAUGGUUCUACAGCACAUGACACUGGCCAAGCUCCGGGGCUGGUUUCUGAUGACCGUACCGGCUUUGUGGAGCGUCCUGUGCCCUUUGGGAGAGGGAAUCAAUAAACAGCACCCACACAAAUGCC